UGAGUACACACAAACGGGACUUCCCGCAGUCUUAUUAAAUUAAAUUAAAUUAUUAAGUAAAUUAUGCCUUAUUCAACAUUCGUUAUUAGCGGGCUAAAUAAUGCACACGACUUUAGUUUUUAUCUAAUUUAGCUAGCGUUAUCUUGACAACCAUGAAGCUAAACUAGCUAGCAACCUUUUUCAUACCUACGAGCAAGUGUCGCUCCGAUUACGAUAUAAUCAGAUAACACGGCUGCAAUAAAGGGCUAGGGAGAAACUGAAGCAUUUUAAUCUACAGUACUACAGAUCUGUUCAACGCCAUUUCCGAGAUAUAAAAAUAUAGGUAGCUACCAGGCUAAAGAUAAAGAAGAAUGGAAUCCAAGAGAGACAAAGGCCAAGAAACAGACGUUGCAAAAAUCACAUCUGAACUGCUGAAGUCCAGAACGGGAGAGUUUGAUCUGGAGUCCAUCCUGUUUCUUAAGCUCAGAGGUCUUGGAAUAUAUGAUCUGGGAUGUAUAGGAGAGUGUGUGAACCUAGAGAGGCUGGACCUUUCUGGGAAUAACAUCACAAACUUAGCGCCUCUGGCUUCUCUGCGGCUUCUUCUUGCGCUCAACUUGUCUUCAAAUCGCAUCACAAAUUUAGAAGCUAUUUGCAGCUGUUACAGUCUACAGAGUCUCAAUGUGGCUGGAAAUCUUAUUAGCAGUAUUGAAAACCUUCAUUGUCUUCAGUCUUUGAGAAACAUGGAGAACAUUCGCCUUAAUGACAACACUUACAACUAUACCAACCCAGUUUGUAAGAACACGUCGUACAGAAGUGUCCUCCUUGAAAUGUUCCCAAGCAUCAAAGUGCUGGAUGGUGAAAGGGUUGUUGGCCGAGGGAGUGAUUUGUAUCAGCUGUGCAAAGACAUCGAUGAUACAAUAAAAGCUGGCAUGUCUAGAAAUGGACAGAUGCUGGAGGUGCCUGAAUGUAAGCCGUGGGUUGAAGAUGGCUUCUGGGAUAUAAAGAGAUCAAACAAUGCUAUCAUUGAAGAAGCCUAUAAACAAUUCAAUGAUGUUCUUCAAGAGUGCAAACUCCUGAAUAAUAGGGCUGCCCAUGCCAUUGCUCAGAGUGAGAGGUUUCUGAGCAGCAAGAGCCAGCCAAAGCAGUACUCUGUCUGA